AUGUACAUCACUGGAUUCAUUACCAAUCAUAUCACCGACUUCAUCACCAUCUUCUUCAACAUCAUCUACAUCUUCUUCAACAUCUUGUGUCGAAAAGAAAUCUGCAAGUCCGAAGUGUUUGAACAUCAUAAUGAUGAUAUACCAUCAACCAAUGAAUCAGUCAACACUUAG